CCACCCUUCCUCUACGCCACAGCCAGGCUGCCCUCCCUCCACCACCGGCAUUCCCAGUAUGCACCGCGGACAGAGCAGCAGAAAAUAGUCCGCUAACGAAACGCCGUGAAGAGGGAACCAGAAAACGGGGCUAGCUCGCCAGCUAAAUUCGCCAGCUGAACUAAAACGCCGCCCGAACUGCUAACAUGGCCGACAACGAGAAGCUGGACAACCAGCGGCUGAAGAAUUUCAAGAACAAGGGUCGAGAUUUGGAGACUAUGAGAAGACAGAGGACUGAAGUGGUCGUAGAGCUCAGAAAGAACAAAAGAGACGAGCACCUCCUGAAGAGGAGAAAUGUGCCUCACGAAGACAUCUGUGAGGACUCUGAUGUUGAUGGAGAUUUCAGAUCACAAAACACCUCUCUUGAAGCAAUAGUACAGAAUGCCACCAGUGAUAACCAGGGCAUCCAGCUGAGUGCUGUCCAGGCUGCCAGGAAGUUGUUGUCAAGCGACCGUAACCCUCCCAUAGAUGACCUGAUUAAGUCUGGGAUCCUUCCCAUCCUGGUCCACUGCCUGGACAGAGAUGACAACCCAUCUCUCCAGUUUGAGGCAGCCUGGGCUUUAACCAACAUAGCGUCUGGUACCUCAGAGCAGACCCAAGCUGUGGUCCAGUCCAACGCUGUGCCGCUGUUCUUGAGGCUGCUUCACUCUCCUCACCAGAAUGUGUGUGAACAGGCUGUCUGGGCUCUGGGCAACAUCAUCGGUGACGGUCCACAGUGCAGAGACUAUGUGAUCAGCCUGGGAGUGGUCAAACCCCUGCUGUCCUUCAUCAGUCCCUCCAUCCCCAUCACCUUCCUCCGUAAUGUCACCUGGGUCAUGGUCAACCUGUGCCGUCACAAGGAUCCCCCACCACCGAUGGAGACCAUCCAGGAGAUCCUGCCAGCUCUCUGUGUGCUGAUCCACCACACUGACGUCAGUAUCUUGGUGGACACAGUGUGGGCUCUGUCCUACCUGACYGACGCUGGAAAUGAGCAGAUCCAGAUGGUCAUCGACUCCGGCAUCGUCCCUCAUCUGGUACCUCUGCUCAGCCACCAGGAAGUCAAAGUUCAGACUGCUGCACUGAGAGCUGUUGGAAACAUUGUGACCGGCACAGACGAACAGACGCAGGUGGUGCUCAACUGUGACGCCCUCAGCCACUUCCCAGCACUCCUCACUCACCCGAAGGAGAAGAUCAACAAGGAGGCAGUGUGGUUCCUGUCCAACAUCACAGCAGGAAARCAGCAACAAGUGCAGGCUGUCAUUGAUGCCAAACUGGUCCCCAUGAUCAUCCACCUGCUCGACAAGGGGGACUUUGGCACUCAGAAAGAAGCUGCCUGGGCCAUCAGUAACCUGACAAUAAGUGGCAGGAAGGAUCAGGUGGCACACCUGAUUGAGAAGCAGGUGAUCCCGCCUUUCUGCAACCUGCUCACAGUGAAGGAUGCUCAGGUUGUGCAGGUCGUCCUCGACGGCCUCAGUAAUAUCCUCAAAAUGGCCGACGACGAAGCAGAAACCAUUGCUAACCUCAUCGAGGAGUGUGGAGGUUUGGAAAAAAUUGAGCAGCUGCAGAAUCAUGAAAACGAAGAUAUCUACAAYCUGGCAUACGAAAUCAUAGAUCAGUACUUCUCAUCUGAUGAUAUUGACGAAGACACCAGCCUGGUCCCGGAGGCCAUCCAGGGCGGGACUUACAGCUUUAACUCAGCCAACGUGCCAGCCGAGGGAUUCCAGUUCUAGACGUCACCUGAUGGGGCUUUCUGGUGUUUUGUUCACGAUGCAGCACUCUGUUCAACAUAAAAACAAAUUAGGAGAGAGAGAGCGAGAGAGAGCGAGUGUGAGAAAUUCGAUCCAUUGUGCUUGGCUCGUGGGAUCCAUGGCUGCAUCUUAUCUGAGAGAAAAAUAUGUGGAUUUCAUUUGGCAUUCCAGGGGAACCAGCCCAAAUGAAGUUUGAGAUGGCGAGUGGGUGCGAGUGAGAAUGAGUGGCUACAUGUUGCAACACACAAACAAACAAACAAAAAAGAAGCUAAACAUCCACAUCGAAUGAGUUGAGAGAUGCRGAAGUAACUUCUGCUAUCGGAGCUGUCGUCUUUGGAAAAACAAACAAACAAAAAAACUACUUCAAACAAAAACUUGAUGUCUGCCCAGGGAAAACCAAGGACUUUAAAAAAAACAACAAAUCAAGAGGUCUUGAAAUAUAAGCAAACACAGAAACGAAUACAAUUAUAAACUGAGAUGAACCACAAACCAUCACAAUUCUGCGGUCCUCCAACGUGAGAGGGCGCCACCCUCCGUGCCCCUCCCUCAAUCGGCCACGUUAUCAGACGUGUGAAUGGACCCAUUGUGUAUGAAUGUCUGGACUCAGCGCUGAGGAGCCAGGUUCAUCGCCCCCCGACUGGGCACCGUCCUCCUCCACCAACACCACCAACACCCCUCCAAUCCUCCGGUGGGCGGGGCCAGGAGUCCGGCUGAACGUGUCGCGUGUGCGAGAGAAUGGACGGAUGAGUUGUGUGUGCUUGGCUGCGUGCGUGACUGGGAGUGUGCGAUUCUGGUUGAAAACGCAUGCAGAGACUGGGAGGUUUGAAAAAGGAAAGAAAAAAAAAAAGAAAAAUACAUACGAAUCAACAUCUGAAAAUUGAGAAAUGCAACAAAACGUUAGAAGGUUGCAGGAAAGAAAAUCUGCCUUUGAAAGAGGCUGAUCCUCAAAUCUCUGAAAGGAGGAACUUUGGAUAUAUUAAAAAAUGUCAUCACAAGGAUUAUAUAUUUUUUGUUUUGAAUUAUUGUUAAGUUAGUAUUAAUUGACACUGGACAAUGUUUUAUGGCAGGUGUGAAGCGACAGUUUCAUUGAAUUGAUGCUUUUGGGCUUUUCUUUUUGCCUCCAGUGUGUUCCUUUUUUUAAUGAUUAUAUUUUUUAUUUUCAGCUUUUAGUUUCACUGCUUCUGUAAAAGGUGAAUGAUGAUCGUACUCCAUCCUUCCACCAGAACCCUAACCCAAACACCACAAACACGGGCUCCAUGCUGUAAAAUUGUGACACCAUAACCAACCUGUUCCUCUUGUAAUGCCUCAUUUUUUCUCAAAUCCUUUCUGCAAAAAUCGCUGCUUUGCAGUAUUGUUGCAACGGCACUGAUUAUCACCACCCCCACACAGGAUUGGGAAUCAUAACCUUUGCAUGUACUAAACAAUAGCACAGUUACUUUUUUAGGGCUUUUUUUAAGUUUCCUUAGGCUGUGAAGACAGUGUAAUUUUUAUUUUAAGUAAAACUGUGCUUAAAUGUUACAUGUUUCCCCUUCCCMUUAAUCCUCACUAUUCUCCAGUUUGCUAAAUGAUCUGUAUUUUUUUGCACACGUACUGCAAAGUGAGGCCUGAAGUCUUUCUAAAGAUGGCGUCGGUGGGUUUCAUUUGUUCCGGACCCACCAACAACCUCUACAUUAUGCAUCACUCAUCCUCCUGGAGUGAUCCAAUGAUACUUUCUUUUUCUUUUCUUUUUGUGAUACUUGAGAAAAUAAGGACUUUAUUUCAGGAGCAGCAGUAGUUAAUCUGCUAAUGUAUCCCAGCAUGAGUAAGGAGGGAGGGUUCACCUCCCUUUUCUCACGGUCAGAGGUGUCCCAUAUGUCAGUUUGGAGAUAUUUCCAAGUGGGUUUUCCUGAAUAAUAAUUAAACCCACAGACAAGUUUUGCUGUAACUGUAACCUUACAGAGUUCAUGCCCCGUCCCCUCUAAAAGCUAAGUGUACAAGCUUAUCCUCUUUUUAUUAUUAUUUUUUUGUGUUAACCUCAAACACUGUAGUAAUGAUUACACAUUGUGCUCAUAAACCUUCUGUUGAA